AUGGCUGAAGCAGUUUCACCAAUAACUCGACAAGUAGCUAAAGAAAACCAGGACAUUGGGACAGCUCCUAUCAAGUAUCGUCUUGAAGACGUCGAAGAUUGUUUAAUUUACGACCGGCAUGGAGCCUCUGUUCCCUUCAAGAAAUUAUAUCAAGACAGGAAAUCGGUCAUAAUUUUCGUGCGGAAUUUCUUGUGCUACAGCUGUAAAGAAUAUGUGGAGGAUUUGAGCAAAAUACCCGAAGAAGCACUCGAGGAUGCUGACAUUAGACUGGUUGUGAUUGGUCAGUCUGCUCAUCAUCAUAUAGAGCCAUUCUGCUCACUGACGGGGUAUCCUUAUGAAAUAUAUGUGGACCCAGAGAGGUGCAUUUAUCAAAAGCUUGGGAUGAAGAGAGAAGAGAAAUUUACAGACUCAGCCCACCCUAGUCCCCAUGUGAAGUCUGGUAUCUUUAUGGGACAAGUGAAGAGUAUAUGGAGGGCCAUGACGAGCCCUGCAUUUGACUUCCAGGGUGACCUGCAUCAACAAGGUGGAGCCAUCAUUGCAGGACCAGGCUCUCAGGUUCAUUUUUCCCAUUUUGACAUGAACCGCCUGGACCACAUGCCUAUUAACUGGGUCCUGCAGCUCGCCGGUGUUCAACAGACUCUGGACUUCAGCGAUAAGCCAAAGAUAGUCCAUGUGUAGCCAGCAGCUGGUCUGCUUGAAAGCAUGCUUCUUCCCACAUCACUGUUUAGGCAACAUCAUUCUCUGUAACAAAUAUUUGUGGCCCAGUAUUUCUGAGUCUAUUGUUUGUUGUCUGGGUAGCUGCUUUGCCAAAAUAUUGGAUAGGUCUGAAACAUGAGUGUGAAAGUUAAUUAUUGACAUUGGAAACAGUAGUUUGACAAAAACAGAACCCUUUCUCUCCUAGUAGAGCACACGUCAUCCACAAUUCUCUCUUCUCUAUUUUGGGCCGCUUAACUUUAAGGUCUCCUUACUAGCAAUUUCCAGAAAUUCCAUUCACAUAUCAUGGGCUGAUGAAGUUGAAAGCUCUGGAAAUGCCAGUAAGUGAGCUGAGCAAAAUACAUGAAGUUUGGUUAAAAAAUGAAAAAGAUCUCUGGGAAAAGCUUGUAAGUGGUCAUUGAGGUAGGAUACAGUAGGCUAUGUGGUGUGAAAGCAUUAGUGUGGUAAGUGUGUAAUAUGGAUAUUCAUUCACUACUGUUUAAUUUUCUACCUUUUAUAUCAGAGUUAUAUUAGUUUGUUAUCAUGCUUUUAAUAAGAUGGCUGUGUGGUUAUUUAUGAACACUUAAAAACAACUGGUGCACUGAUGGACUUAUUACAGAGUCUUCUUUUUAUACUUUCCUCGUGUCCACAGUGAUUAUUAUACUCCAAAUAAAGUUUAAUUGCAAUUUC